UACAGAGACACUUGUCAUCAGGAAGGUUCUCUCUCAGCAGAACGGAUAAUAUCUCAAUGACUUGAGUUCUGGUUGUGAAUUCAGGCUACAAGUGCUCAGUGCUCUGAAAUGAGUCUCUCUGGGGAGAAAGAGGAGGGGGGCCCUGCCUCUAAAAUGAGUCUCUCUGGGGAGAAAGAGGAGGGGGGCCCUGCCUCUAAAAUGAGUCUCUCUGGGGAGAGAGAGGAGGGGGGCCCUGCCUCUAAAAUGAGACUCUCUGGGGAACAUGACACCAAAGCCAAGAGCCCAGUCAAGCAGGAGAGACCAGCCUCCCCUGUACCCAGCUGUGUGUCCAUGAAGAGUGACCGGUCUAUGGGUCAUCCUAUCAUGUUUAGAGAGGGAGACUUUUCUACUGGACAAAGAAACCAACAAGAGAGAUCAGAGUCAGAGAUUCUCAGUGGUCAGUCUUCCCAGAGUCAUCAAACAGACUUAGCCUCCAUAUUCAGUUUGCUUGAAGAGAAUAUUAUAACAUUUGUAAAGAACGAGCUGAAGAUGUUCAAGAGGAUUCUUAGUCCAGAACUCCCACAAGGCUUUGAUAGUCAGAAGCAGGACAAGGAAGUGGUGGAUGCUGAAGAUGAGAAGCAGGAGAGCAGUGCCAGAGAGGGGGCUCUGAAGAUCACACUGCAUGUCCUGAGGAAAAUGAACCAGAAGGAGCUUGCUGACACACUGGAGAAAAAUGAGCUCGCUGUGAUUUGCCAAAGUGAACUCAAAUCUAAUCUGAAGAAGAAGUUUCAAUGUGUAUUUGAGGGGAUCGCUAAACAAGGAAACCCAACACUUCUCAAUAAGAUCUACACAGAGCUCUACAUCACAGAGGGUGGAACAGGAGAGGUCAAUAAUGAACAUGAGCUGAGACAGAUUGAGACAACAACCAGGAAACAAGCAAGACCAGAGACUGCAAUCAAAUGUAACGACAUCUUCACACCCUUAACUGGACAAGACAAACUUAUCAGAACUGUGCUGACAAAGGGAGUCGCUGGCAUUGGAAAAACAGUCUCUGUGCAGAAGUUCAUUCUGGACUGGGCUGAAGGAAAAGCAAAUCAGGAUGUCCAAUUUGUAUUUUCAUUCCCUUUUCGGGAGCUGAAUUUGAUGAAAGAGGACAAACACACUUUGAUUGAACUUCUCAAUCACUUCUCAACGGAAACCAAAGAAUCAAGAAUUUCCAACUACGACAAGUACAAAGUUCUGUUCAUCUUUGAUGGUCUGGAUGAGUGCCGACUGCCCCUAGACUUCCAGAAGAACAAGAUCUGUUGUGACGUCACAAAGUCUACCUCAGUGGAUGUUCUGAUGACAAAUCUCAUCAAGGGAAAUCUCCUUCCCUCUGCUCUCCUCUGGAUAACUACCCGACCUGCAGCAGCCAAUAAGAUCCCUUCAGGGUGUGUUGACCAGGUGACAGAGGUACGAGGGUUCAAUGAUCCACAGAAGGAGGAGUACUUCAGGAAGAGAUUCAGUGAUGAGGACCUGGCCAGCAGAAUCAUCUCACACAUAAAGACAUCAAGGAGCCUCCACAUCAUGUGCCACAUUCCAGUCUUCUGUUGGAUUUCUGCAACAGUCCUUAAAGACAUGCUGAAACAUAAGAGAGAAGAGAUGCCCAAGACUCUGACUGAGAUGUACACACACCUUGUGGUGUUUCAUACCAAACAGCAGAAUGAAAAGUACCUUGGGAAAGAAGAGAGGGGUCCAGACUGGAAUAAAGAGAGCAUUCUGUCACUGGGAAAACUGGCUUUUCAACAGCUUGUGAAGGGCAAUCUGAUUUUCUAUGAAGAAGACCUGAAAGAGGCUGGCAUUGAUGUCAAUGAAGCCUCAGUGUACUCAGGAUUGUGCACACAGCUCUUUAAAGAGGAAUGUGGGCUGUACCAGGACAAGGUGUACUGCUUCGUGCAUCUGAGCAUUCAGGAGUUUCUGGCUGCUGUAUAUGUGUUCCUUUCAUUCAGCAACAACAAUGAAAAUCUAUUGGCCGAACCUCAAACAACAUCCAGGAACUUUUUUGCGCUGUUCAGAAACAAGCCAGAAGUUACUGUCUACAAGAGGGCUGUGGAUAAUUCCUUACAAAGUGAGACGGGAAACCUGGACCUUUUCCUCCGCUUCCUUCUGGGCCUCUCACUGGAGUCCAAUCAGAAGCACUUACGAGGUCUACUGACAACGACAAGAAGCAACUCACAGAGUCAUGAAGAAACAGUCAAGUACAUCAAGGAGAAGAUCAGGGAGAAUCCCUCUCCAGAGAGGUGCAUCAAUCUGUUCCACUGUCUGAAUGAACUGAAUGACCAUUCUCUAGUGGAGGAGAUCCAACGCUACCUGAGAUCAGGAAGUCUGUCAGAAGCCAAACUGUCACAUGCACAGUGGUCAGCUCUGGUCUUUGUGUUGCUGACUUCAGAAAAGGAGCUGGAUGUGUUUGACCUGAAGAAAUACUCCAGAUCAGAGGAAGGUCUUCUGAGGCUGCUGCCAGUGGUCAAAGUCUCCAGAGCUGCUCUGCUGUCAGGCUGUGGAGUCACAGACAAAGCCUGUGCUUCUCUGGUCUCAGCUCUGAAGUCAAACCCCUCACACCUGAGAGAGCUGGAUCUGAGUAACAAUGACCUGAAGGAUUCAGGAGUGAAGCUGCUCUCUGCUGGACUGGGGAAUCCCCACUGUAAACUGGAGAUUCUGAGGCUGUCAGGCUGUCUAGUCACAGAGGAAGGCUGUGCUUCUCUGGUCUCAGCUCUGAGGUCAAACCCCUCACACCUGAGAGAACUGGACCUGAGCUACAAUCACCCAGGAGACUCAGGAGUCAGACUGCUCUCUGCUGGACUGGAGGAUCCACACUGCAGACUGGAGAAACUCAAUGUGGAUCAUGGUGGAGAGUACGCAAUGAAUCCUGGGCUUAGAAAAUAUGCCUGUGAUCCCACACUGGACCCAAACACAGUAAACAGACUCCUCUCUCUGACUGAGGAGAACAGAAAGGUGACACGUAGCAGGGAGACACAACCGUAUCCUGAUCACCAGGAGAGAUUUGAGGUCUGGCAGCAAGUGCUGUGUAGAGAUGGUCUGACUGGGCGCUGUUACUGGGAGGUAGAGGGGAGUGGGGGAUUGGCUGACAUUGGAGUGACAUAUAAAGGAAUCAGCAGGAGAGGAAGGGGUAAUGACUGUGUUAUUGGAUCCAAUGACAAGUCCUGGAGUCUGUUCUUUUCUGACAAAAGUUACAAUGCCAGGCACAAUAAUGUUCACAUUACCUUAGACGUCCCCCCCUCCAGCUCCCACAGAGUAGGGGUGUAUCUGGACUGGCCAGCCGGCACUCUGUCCUUCUACAGAGUCUCCUCUGACACACUGACCCACCUGUACACAUUCUACACCACAUUCACUGAGCCCCUCUAUCCAGGGUUUAAGGUUAAUGAUGUUGACUCCUCAGUGUCCCUGUGUCAGGUGUUCAUGGGGCCAAAAAAAACAUGAUGUUUCACUCUAAUCAUGUGUUUUAUGUUUGAUCACAAUAUGACAUUUAAAUACAUGGAGGAACACACCAGUUUGGAUCAAUUUAUUCUUGGAAAUAAUAACCAUGGUAACUCUGUGUCAAUGGACACACACACUGGACAAACUGGACACACAAUAACACACACUGGAUAUACAGUGCCUUGCGAAAGUAUUCGGCCCCCUUGAACUUUGCGACCUUUUGCUACAUUUCAGGCUUCAAACAUAAAGAUAUAAAACUGUAUUUUUUUGUGAAGAUUCAACAACAAGUGGGACACAAUCAUGAAGUGGAACGACAUUUAUUGGAUAUUUCAAACUUUUUUAACAAAGCAAAAACUGAAAAAUUGGGCGUGCAAAAUUAUUCAGACCCUUUACUUUCAGUGCAGCAAACUCUCUCCAGAAGUUCAGUGAGGAUCUCUGAAUGAUCCAAUGUUGACCUAAAUGACUAAUGAUAAUAAAUACAAUCCACCUGUGUGUAAUCAAGUCUCUGUAUCAAUGCACCUGCACUGUGAUAGUCUCAGAGGUCCGUUAAAAGCGCAGAGAGCAUCAUGAAGAACAAAGAACACACCAGGCAGGUCCGAGAUACUGUUGUGAAGAAGUUUAAAGCCGGAUUUGGAUACAAAAAGAUUUCCCAAGCUUUAAACAUCCCAAGGAGCACUGUGCAAGCGAUAAUAUUGAAAUGGAAGGAGUAUCAGACCACUGCAAAUCUACCAAGACCUGGCCGUCCCUCUAAACUUUCAGCUCAUACAAGGAGAAGACUGAUCAGAGAUGCAGCCAAGAGGCAGGCCCAUGAUCACUCUGGAUGAACUGCAGAGAUCUACAGCUGAGGUGGGAGACUCUGUCCAUAGGACAACAAUCAGUCGUAUAUUGCACAAAUCUGGCCUUUAUGGAAGAGUGGCAAGAAGAAAGACAUUUCUUAAAGAUAUCCAUAAAAAGUGUUGUUUAAAGUUUGCCACAAGCCACCUGGGAGACACACCAAACAUGUGGAAGAAGGUGCUCUGGUCAGAUGAAACCAAAAUUGAACUUUUUGGCAACAAUGCAAAACGUUAUGUUUGGCGUAAAAGCAACACAGCUCAUCACCCUGAACACACCAUCCCCACUGUCAAACAUGGUGGUAGCAGCAUCAUGGUUUGGGCCUGCUUUUCUUCAGCAGGGACAGGGAAGAUGGUUAAAAUUGAUGGAAAGAUGGAUGGAGCCAAAUACAGGACCAUUCUGGAAGAAAACCUGAUGGAGUCUGCAAAAGACCUGAGACUGGGACGGAGAUUUGUCUUCCAACAAAACAAUGAUCCAAAACAUAAAGCAAAAUCUACAAUGGAAUGGUUCAAAAAUAAGCAUAUCCAGGUGUUAGAAUGGCCAAGUCAAAGUCCAGACCUGAAUCCAAUCGAGAAUCUGUGGAAAGAACUGAAAACUGCUGUUCACAAAUGCUCUCCAUCCAACCUCACUGAGCUCGAGCUGUUUUGCAAGGAGGAAUGGGAAAAAAUGUCAGUCUCUCGAUGUGCAAAACUGAUAGAGACAUACCCCAAGCGACUUACAGCUGUAAUCGCAGCAAAAGGUGGCGCUACAAAGUAUUAACUUAAGGGGGCUGAAUAAUUUUGCACGCCCAAUUUUUCAGUUUUUGAUUUGUUAAAAAAGUUUGAAAUAUCCAAUAAAUGUCGUUCCACUUCAUGAUUGUGUCCCACUUGUUGUUGAUUCUUCACAAAAAAAUACAGUUUAUGGAUGAAACAGAAUGUGACAUAUCUGUUUGAUAGUUCACACAUUCAUCAGUCAGGGUUACUAUCUUGUCAUGUUUUUGACUAACCACAGUGGAACAUUCUAGUCUUUAAGGACAUUAACUGGCAGAACAGGUUUCAGCAAAGUAUGGAGUCAUUGUUUUCAGGAAGGUGUAACCAUGGUCUUUGUACUGCCGUACAAAGGCAAAGAGCAGUUUACGUAAACAGCCAAUCUGAUAAAAACUGCAUUAAAGUUAGUUUUUUUGUCCAUGCAUAUCAACCAUGACCACUGAUCUGACCUAUGACCCCUAAAAUACUGAUACUGCACUUGGCCUUUGUAUGACUUUAAACAGCUGUAUGGGUAAUGCAAAAGCAAAGUAGAGUAUCUAGAAAUCUAAAUGUGUUGAUCCAACAUUUUGUUGUUUUUCUGUUUGAUUUGAACAGUUUGAGUUCUAACUACAUUCCAACUGUAUUUAAUGGUGUUUUGUAGUUGUGUUUUCAUGUUUUGACUGAUUUAUUGUAGUAACACUCAAGCUGUUUUUAGCCAUAAGGUUAUUUAAUCAUGGAGAAUGUUCAUACUUAAUAAAUAUUUGAUUUUGUAUUACUA